UCCCAGCUGUCAGUCAGUUAAUCGCACAUCUUGUCUGAUUACUGAUUUGUAAAUUGCAAUUAUGGAAUAAUAUCAUUUAGGUUUCAACAAUGUUAAUAACUCAACUUAUUGUGCAUAUUUAAAACAAUGAUUUAUAUACAAUGAUAAUUUUGCUUGAUUAGUGUAUUAAUUUGUGUAUUUAUAAGCAUCAUUGACAACCGGCAAAGUUUAUUAUCGAUUUUCGAUAUAUACGUAUGUAUAAAAUAUAAAGUAGGAUAAGACUUGAACGAGGCUGGAUUAUUUAUUGAAUUCCAGAAUGGCAGACUUAAAACCAUACGACGAAAGCAUGAUAGAUAUUGCACCAAUAUUGGAAGAGUUUCCGAUGGAUCUGUACGAAGAAACCCAAAACGGAACAAAUACAUUCGAUGUUCUAGAGAAGGAUUUGCUAUGUCCAGUACUGCACCCAUUGGAGGAGAUCACAUUACAAAAAGAUAUACAAGCAGUGAGUCCACAGUACGGAGAGUUCAUUGAUCCGGACAUGUUUUUGAACGGAAUCGUCAAACGAGAAAGUGAAUCAGAUUGCUCUUCCUCAUCUCGACGUAACACUCCAUCGCCCUCGGACAGCAACAAGAGCUUUGAGUCGUAUCCAUCGAGCGGAUAUGGAUCCUAUGAGAGCGGAAACACAAAUUACGUUUCGUUUGAUAGUCCUCCGGUUUCCCCAGAAAGUUUGUCAAACGCUCCUUGCAAUGUUGUUCGUAUUGGUACUGCACAGAUCCCAACUGUCCAGAGGUCCCCCUGUUUUGGUAAUUUAUCUGAUUUGAAGAAAAUCAAACUUCCCCCAAAGGGAUCUUUGAAUAGCGUUAUAUCCAAGGGUGUUACUAAAAAGACAAUUGUGUUAACAGCCGAAGAUUACCAAAAUUUGGUGAAGAAUAUAAAAAAUCGAUCAAGUAAUGGAACAAUUUUGAUAAAAGCCACUCCGGCUUCAAAUCUUCUACCGUCGGUUAUACGUAAGCCGGUGCUACCCAAGCCUGUACUUCAGCCAACGGCAACUUUGACUACACUGCAGGAAAAGAAACCCGAUUCAACGCCAGCACUUGUAAAACCUUCGAUAGAUGGACCAAUAAACGAAAGGAUAAUCAAGCGGCAUCAACGUAUGAUAAAAAAUCGUGAGUCGGCAUACCUUUCAAGGGUGCGCAAAAAGGAGUACGUGACCUCGCUAGAACAGCAGCUGGAUGUGCUGACCAAAGAGAAUCAGUAUUUGAAAAAUGAAAAUUCAAGGCUGCUUGAAAAGUUGAAAUAUAAGUGUUCUUGUGGAACUAAAAACACAGCCAGUAUAAAUUUUAUUUCGAAGCAGCUAACACCUAAUGUGCGCAAAAAUACAGCGAUUGUGCUUGCUAUGCUGUUUAUGGUUUCACUCAAUUUUGGACCUUUUGGAAAUCUUCUAACUACCAAUAGUAGAGACCGUGCCAUAGCAGAAAAACCCGCUCAAACUAUUCAUCAAAAACGAAGCCUUCUCUGGCUAGAUGAUUCAAAACUUUUGGCUCAACAAUCGCGAAAUAUUAACUUAAGCUUGAACUAUACUAACCUCGAAGAUCUCUCCGAUGUAGUGGAAGAACCGUUCUCGGUUUGUCCUUUCUACGUCAAUCAAACAGAAAACAUUCGGCUGGCGAGUGAACUACGACGAUGGAUCGGAGAAAAUGGGUACAAAAAUUUAACUGACCAUGAUGGCAACGAUAUGAAGAUUAACUCUUUCUCGGAAAUGUUUGCCUUGAAAGACACUAUUGAUUCUAUAUACCAGCAAAUGAGGGACAUCAGUUCACAGAUGGAAUCCUUCCAAAAGAGAAGUAAACUGGCUGGUAUCAGUAAGAAACGGCUCACAGUAAAAGGUGUGAAAGCAAGACAAUCUAAACUUUCACACAAGCGGAAAUCUGUUCGUGAUAGUGAACUAGCUGUGUACUAUCCGAACUUUAGCAAAGCGUAUAUAAAGUUUUUCGAGGAAAUUGGUCGUCGAGAUGAUACGUUCUAUCUUGUAUCAUUCAGCGGAGAGCAUCUGCUUUUGCCCGCUCUGGCUUACAAUAAAACCAAUCGACCCAAAAUGUCACUUAUGUUGCCAGCAUUGAUGGAAAAUGCAACUCAUCAGUCGGAAAAAGUAACGUUAAUGCAAAUCGAUUGUGAAGUGAUGAACACAUCUCUAAUCCAGAUCAGAGAGAAAGUUAUUCCCGGUGAUUUGCUAAGAUCGCAAGCAAAAUCAGACGACGCUUUUGGUAAAAGUAAUGUAAAACAGGCAGCUACGGAACCUUCAGUGCAUUUAAAUGGCAAUAAUGGGCUUAACAACACUAACGGCCCGCAACACGCUACCAGAACAAACAGAGGACAUCAACACAAACUUAAUCCUAGCAGACCCUUUUUCGUUCAACGCAUGAAUGAUAAUAUGAAAAACGAAUUGGAUAUUAACUAAGUACAUUACCCUAAAUUGUAUUUUUUUUUUUCUAUUGAGUUUUUUUAAAUUAUACAAGUUAAUUAUUUCACUUCCACUGUUUUUGAAAAGUGCAAUUUAAUAUAUAAAUUUACAAUCGGGAAUAAACAAAUGACGAGUAUGAGAUGAGCUAACUAACUGAAGCUGACGAAUAUGACGAAUGUAAAUGGCUGUUACACUAGCGUAAUGCAUAGAAUGUAAGGCGAAUAAUGUUUCAAGCAUGUUUUAUACAAUGUGUAAUUAACAAUAAACGGUAAAAUACAAAUACUGGUGACAAACAUAA